CUUCUAUCCAUAUCUUUCACUACAAGACAAGAAACCCUCACCCAUAUAAUCCCCUCACCUCUCUUUGCAAACAUUUCAAACACCCAUUUCAUUCUUCCCCCCUUUUUAGCAAGAAAAACUCUAUUUCUCUCUUUCCACCCCCCUUUUUUCCAAAAAAAAAAAAAAAAAAAAAAAACAAACUUUGAAUUUCCUACCAAAAAAAAACUUACAAAAUUUAACAAGCUACUAUAAUAAUGGAUGCAAAAAGAUGUUCUAGUAGUCUUCCUCCUGGUUUUAGGUUUCAUCCAACUGAUGAAGAAUUAAUCAUACACUACCUUAAGAAUCAAGCUAUGUCUAGGCCUUGUCCUGUUUCAAUUAUUCCUGAAGUUGAUAUAUACAAGUUUGAUCCAUGGCAAUUACCCGAUAAGGCAGAGUUUGGAGAAAAUGAAUGGUACUUCUUCACCCCUAGAGAUAGGAAAUACCCGAAUGGGAUCCGACCCAAUCGAGCUACGUUAUCGGGUUAUUGGAAGGCCACGGGCACGGAUAAGGCCAUAUAUAGUGGAGCUAAGUAUGUUGGGAUUAAGAAGGCUCUUGUUUUUUACAAGGGUAGACCUCCUAAGGGGUCUAAGACUGAUUGGAUUAUGCAUGAAUAUCGUUUAACUGAGUCUAAGCAUCAACCCAUCAAGCAACAUGGAUCCAUGAGGUUGGACGAUUGGGUGUUAUGUAGAAUCUACAAGAAGAGGCAUGUCGCGAGGGCAGAGGAUUCAUCGAGUUCGCCACAAGGGCAAAUAAGCAUGGUGGAAGGAGGAGCAAGUGAUGCAUCUAGUAAUCAAAAUGAACCAGAAAUAAAGUUCCCAAGAACUCAAUCAUUAUCAUACCUAUUGGAUUUGGACUACUUGGGCCCAAUAGCCCAUUUACUAAAUGACAACACUUCAUAUAAUUCAAGCUUUGAUAUCCAAACAAGUAUGGGUAGUAAUGCUGGAUUAGACCAACAUGUGGGCCCAUACCAAAAUAUUGGAUUAAGCUGUCACCAAAUAAAUGGGAACCCAUGUUACCCAUCAUCUUACAAAUAGGAUGUAGUAUAGUUUUUAAUUUUUAAUUUUAUUUAAAUGGCACAUCUCAAUUUGUUUUGGAGAUGUAUGAUUGUGAAUAGUCUUAGGUCAUCCAAUUGUACAUAAAUUAUUGUUCCUUGAUUGAUUGUCUUUAAGCUUUUCAUUAGAGACUACUAGUGUUGUUUAUUUGCUAUUUUUCUUUAAUAUUUUCUUCAUUUGGAAAUUUUAGGGAAUGUAAUUAUUAUUACUUAGAAGCUAAGAACUAAUUAACUUAUAUGUUUAAUGUUUAA